GUAUAUACCUAUAUCAACGAUAUUAUUAUCGCUAGUAAGAAUAUAGAGGAGUACCUUAAGUACAUUGAGACAGUUUUCGAUAUCCUUGAUAAGGUAUAUAUUUAUAUCUUAGUAGAGAAAUCCUUUAUAGCCUACCUAUCAAUGAGACUUCUUAGCUAUAUAGUUAAUAGCGAAAGAGUAGCUAAGAUAGACGAUAGGAUCGCUAUAUUUAAGAAACUUAAGUUCCCUAAUACCCUUAAGACCUUGGAGUAG